AUGAGGAGCAGCAGAUCAAAAGAGGUGCCUUUACCAAAUUCAAGGAGCUCUCCUAGCAAGGAUACUGUUCAAGCAGAUAUAACCACAUCGUGGGAUGUACUUCCUCAGACCAAGGCUGCUCUGAGACAUAUUGAAAACAAGUUAGAAGUAGUUCCUACAAGUACGGCUGUGUUUGAUUCAGUCAUGGAUACCAAGAAGUGUUCUACAAGUGCUACCCGAAAAAUAAGUAGAAAAGAUGGUAGAUACUUGGAUGAUUCUUGGGUUAAUGCUCCAGCCUCCAAAUCAUCUAAAUCACGAAAAGAGAAAUCUCGUAGCCCUCUCAGAGCUACCACUCUAGAAAGUAAUGUGAAGAAAAAUAAUCGUGUGGAAUUUCGUGAACCUUUGGUUUCUUAUAGGGAACUUCAUGGUACACCUUCCAGUUUAAGUCCCAGCCAUCUGGAGUCAAAGUAUGUAUAUUGUGUAGAUGUUAAUGAAGAAAAGACUGAGAGUGGGAACCGGAUGGUAUACAGUCGAGAAGAACGGAAUAUACAUAGCUGUGAUUUUGAGAGCUCUCAGUCAUCUGUUGUCAGUGAUACAGUUGUUAGGUUUUUAAAUGAUCGACCAGCAAUUGAUGCAUUGCAGAAUUCUGAAUGUUUGAUUAAGAUGGGAGCUACUAUAAGAACUGAGGAAGAAAUGCCUAAUAGAGAAAAAGGAAACGAGAACUGUUUGAAGCCUUCUGUGAAUAAUGUGGGCCCUGAUAUUGAUCCAAAAGUAUUACGGCUAACUGACUCUUCUCCAUCCUCUACUAGUACUUCCAGUUCCCAAAGAUUAGAUAUUUUAAAGCGGCGACAACAUGAUGUCAAACUGGAAAAACUCAAGGAACGAAUUAGGAAACAGUGGGAACACUCAGAAGAAACAAAUGGCCGAGGCCAGAAUCUGGGUCAUAUUGACCAUCCAGUAAUGGUUGUUAAUGUUGAUAACUCAGUAACAGCAAAAGUCAGAAAAGUGGCAACAGCACCACCUGCUCCAACAUAUAAAGGUUUCAACCCUUCAGAGACCAAGAUUCGAACACCCGAUGGGAAAGUGUGGCAAGAGGCGGAGUUUCAGAACAUGAGUAGAGAACUGUAUCGAGACUUAGCACUUCACUUUGCAGAUGAUCUCUCUAUAAAAGAGAAGACUGCUGAAAAAAGUAAAGAGAAGAAAGUGGUCAAACCAGUACGAAAAGUCCAAAAAGUAGCACAAUUAUCUACUCCAGAAUGCAAAACAGGUAACAGUCGUCUUAUAAGUACUUCUUCUUGGCGAGACGGACAAAAAUUAGUAAAGAAGAUUCUGGGACCUGCACCCCGAAUGGAGCAAAAAGAGCGAAGAACAGUAUCAAGUGACAGAGGUGGGAGAGAAAGAACUACUAAAUCUGGGGGCCAUAUUGGAAGAGCAGAAUCUGAUCCCAGGUUGGAUAUUUUACAUAGACAUCUUCCACAAAGUUCAGAACGUUCGAGAAGUAGAGCUCGGUGUGAAAAUAAUAUAAAGAAAUUAGCUCCAUCUCUUCCAGAUAAUAAACAGGAAGAAAAUUCUGCCUUAAAUAAGGACUUUUUGCCUGUUGAGAUUCGUGGCAUUCUUGAUGACCUACAGCUGGAUUCUACAGCUCAGACUACAAGGCAAGAGACUGGAGAGUUACAGAAUCAGAAGUCAUCAGCACCAGUACAAGCUCCUAGGAGUCAUAGCCCAGUAAAAAGAAAACCUGACAAAAUAACAGCUAAUGAAGAUGCCCCUGUUAUUUCCAAAAAGCGCCACUAUGACACAGAUGAGGUACGACAGUACAUUGUUAGACAGCAGGAGGAAAGGAGGAGGAAGCAAAAUGAAGAGAAGAAGGCUCAAAAGGAGGCCACUGAGCAGAGGAACAAACGAUUACAAGAGCUCUACCGGAAACAGAAAGAAGCUUUUGCUAAAGUAAAAAAUGUGCCUCCUUCAGAGCCAUCAGCAACUAGGCGACUACAGGAAACAUACUCCAAAUUGUUACUAGGAAAGACCUUGCUCGAAGAGCCAUCUCAUCAACAUGCUACACAGGAAACACAGGCCAGACCAGGGUAUCAGCCAUCUGGAGAAUCUGACAAAGAAAACAAAGUACAGGAACGUCCCCCAAGUGCAUCUUCCAGUAGUGACAUGUCUCUAUCAGAACCUCCACAGCCUCUUGCAAGAAGAGACUUGAUGGAACCUACAUGGAUGCAGCCUGACAGAUUGAGCCCACGAGUUCACCAUCCUCAACCACAGCCUCUUGUUGGAACAGCUGGAAAUUUACUCUCCCAUCUCUUGAGUCUAGAACAUGUAGGAAUUUUGCAUAAGGAUUUUGAAUCUAUCUUACCAACUAGGAAGAAUCAUAAUGUGGCUUCAGGGCCAUUAACUUUUACACCUCAACCGUAUCUGACCUCACCAGCUGCUCAUCCAGAUGCCUUGUUAAAACCUAGUGCCAGUCAAUAUAAAAGUAAAUUGGAUCGUAUUGAAGCAUUGAAAGCAACAGCUGCUUCUUUGUCCAGCAGAAUUGAAAGUGAAGCCAAGAAAUUAGCUGGGGCCAACAUUAACUAUGGGUCAACGUGGAAUACUGAGUAUGAUGUGCAACAAGCACCUCAAGAGGAUGGACCUUGGACCAAGCCUAUAAGCCCACCUGUGAAAGAUAAUCCAGAAGAUGUUUUCUCUGCCCGAAUUCAGAAGAUGCUGGGAACCUGUGUAUCUCAUGCAACUUUUGAUGAUGAUCUUCCUGGUGUAGGCAACCUUAGUGAAUUUAAAAAGCUUCCUGAGAUGAUAAGACCUCAGAGUGCCAUAUCAAGCUUUAGAAUGAGAUCCCCUGGUCCAAAACCAGAAGGGCUGCUGGCACAGUUGUGUAAAAGGCAGACUGACUUUUCUAGCUCUGAUAUGCAAGUCUGUUCUCAAGACAAAGCCAAAAUGUCUCUUGGUUCCAGCAUAGAUUCAGUCAGUGAAGGGCCUCUUCUUAGUGAAGGAAGUCUCUCGGAAGAAGAGGGAGGCCAGAAUGGACAGCCCCUUUUGAAGGUAGCAGAAAUUUUAAAAGACAAGGAAUUUUGUGCUGGAGAGAGAAAUACUUAUGAACCUAUUAAAGAGUUUCAGAAGGAAGCUGAAAAAUUCUUGCCACUUUUUGGGCACAUUGGUGGUAUAGAAAGCAAAGGGCCAUGGGAAGAAUUGGCAAAGGGAAGUCCACACAGUGUUAUUAAUAUUUUCACAAAAUCGUAUCAGUUAUAUGGAAAAGGGCUUGAAGACAAGGUGGACAGAGGAACCUCGGCACCACGACCUUUGAAUGCCAUCACAACCCCUCUGAGCAGUGUUUCAUAUGAAGAUGAUUUUGUCUCCUCUCCAGGGAGUGGGACUUUGACAGACAAAAAAUCAUCUCUUGAACCUCAUAUUGGUGGUAGUACUUUAGGCAUUCAAGAGGACCAUUCUAGCAGAAAGUCCGCCUAUGAUUUUUCCUCUGUGGAUGUUACUUCCCAGCAUUCAUCAGGAGCCCAGUCAGCUGCAUCAUCUCGAUCUUCUACUUCUUCUAAAGGAAAGAAAGGAAAAAAGGAAAAGACAGAAUGGUUGGAUUCAGUCAUUGGGAAUGGUCAGAACUCACUUCUUGAUGAAGAAAAAGUACAGUCUGGCUCAGAACGUGGCUCCCAUAAAGGAAAGAAAUCUGGGAACAGUAGCAAGCUUUCUAUUAAAGAUUAUGAGCAGACUUUUGACACCGAUAGCACUUUGGAGGAUCUUUCUGGACACUCUGUGAGUGUCUCACCAGACAAGGGAAGAUCUCAGAAAACUCCAACUUCUCCACUGUCUCCAAGUUCCCAGAAAUUGUUGCAGUUCGACCUUCCAGUAACUUCAUUAGAGAGAUCUAAGUCCUCAGUAGUGCCUCCCACUAAAACAGGGUUUAAGCCUAAUGCAGCUUUCUCUGAUUUAAACCUGGCUGCCAGCAGAACAGCAACAGAGAUGGCACCAACACCAGGUUCUAAGCGCUUUUCUCCUGCUGGCCUCCAGCAUCGUAUGGCAGCAGAACUCAGUUAUCUGAACGCCAUUGAGGAGUCGGUACGCCAACUGUCAGAUGUAGAAAGAGUUAGAGGCAUUUCACUUGCUCAGCAGGAGAGUGUGUCUCUGGCUCAGAUCAUAAAGGCACAGCAGCAACGCCAUGAAAGAGACUUAGCUCUUUUGAAACUGAAAGCUGAACAGGAGGCUCUGGAGUGUCAGAGACAACUAGAGGAAACCCGAAACAAAGCAGCUCAGGUGCAUGCAGAGUCAUUACAGCAGGUAGUUAAAUCACAACGGGAAGUAACUGAAGUCCUGCAGGAAGCAUCUUGUAAAAUAGCAGCUCAGCAAACAGAGACUGCUCGCCUCACCACAGACACUGCACGCCAAAUCUGUGAGAUGGCAGAGUUGACUCGAACUCAUAUCUCAGAUGCCAUUACUGCUUCAGGAGUGCCCCUAGCAGCACUAUAUGAUCACCAGCGGCAGCACCUUCCAGACUUCGCAAAACAACUGAGGACUAGAGCUGAGAUAGAUAGGAAAAGUCCAUCUGUUUUACUCUCUCAGAGUAAAGAAGGAACCAUUGACUCAAAGCAUCAGAAGUAUUCCCCUUCAUAUGAUAGUUAUUCUGAGUCUUCAAGAUACAAGAAUCAUGAUCGAAGAAGUAGUAGUGGUAGCAGCCGUCAAGAAAGUCCUUCAGUUCCAACUGGUAAGGAAAAUGAGAAGAAACUUCAUGGUGAAAAGAUGGAAAGUUCCAUUGAUGAACAGGUUCAGACUGCUGCAGAUGAUUCUUUACGAAGUGAUAGUGUUCCAUCCCUUCCUGAUGAGAAAGAUUCAACUUCUAUUGCAACAGAAUAUUCUCUGAAAUUUGAUGAGUCCAUGACAGAAGAUGAAAUAGAAGAAAAAUCAUUUCGAUCUUUACUACCUUCUGAGAGUCAUCGCAGAUUUAACAUGGAAAAGAAAAGAGGUCAUCAUGAUGACUCUGAUGAUGACGCUUCCCCAGAAAAGACUACACUGUCUUCUGUCAAGGAGCUGAGCAUGCCAUUCUCAGGAGGACAAGAUAGCUUCUCUAAGUUUACUAUGGAGAUGGUUCGACAGUAUAUGAAAGAGGAGGAAAUGAGGGCAGCUCACCAGUCUUCACUCCUGCGUCUCCGUGAAAAGGCCUUGAAGGAGAAAACUAAGGCUGAAUUAGCCUGGCUAGAGCAUCAAAAAAAACAUCUACGAGACAAAGGAGAGGAUGAUAAAAUGCCUCCACUCCGGAAAAAACAGCGUGGUUUGCUCUUAAGAUUGCAGCAAGAAAAGGCAGAAAUAAAACGUCUUCAAGAAGCCAAUAAGGCAGCUCGGAAGGAAAGACAACUGAUUCUUAAACAGCAGGAGGAGAUAGAAAGGAUCCGACAGACCACUAUAAAACUGCAGGAGAAGUUAAAGUCUGCGGGGGAGAAUAAAUUGGAUUCUCAUAGUGAUGAUGAUACAAAGGAUAAUAAGGCAACUAGUCCUGGUCCAACUGACUUGGAGACCCGCAGUCCUUCUCCCAUUUCAAUCUCCAGCAGUGAAACUAGCAGCAUUAUGCAAAAACUGAAGAAAAUGAGAAGCCGCAUGGAUGAAAAGUUUCUGACAAAGCGAGAGCAAAGGUUAAUGCAACGGCGACAACAUGCAGAGGAGCUCCUCGAGUGGAAGCGACGUUUAGAUGCCGAAGAAGCAGAAAUUCGCCAAAUGGAAAAACAAGCUUUGGCUGCCUGGGACAAAGAAUUAAUGAAACCCAAAGCUCCUAAGAAAGAACUGGAGGACGAGAGAACAGAACAGAAAGAAGUAGUGAGUGAAGAGGAAUCGCCAGUACCUUCCUACUCUCAUCUGAACAGUGAAAGUUCUAUUCCAGAAGAAUUAGGUAGUUCUGCUGUUGAAUACAUACCAUCUGAGUCUAUGGUGCAGGAGCAGCCAGGGAGUCCAGAUCACAGCAUACUUAUAGAAGACAUGAUUUUUUCACAGGAACUAGAAUCGUCUACCUCUGUUAGUAAACAUUCACCUCCCAAAAGCUGCACAUCUGUGUCAAAGCAGGAGUCUAGCAAAGGAAGUCAUAAGACUGGAGGACAAUGUCGUCUGCCUGUCAAGCCCCGUCAGCAUUGUUAUAGUUGGUCAGAUGAGUCAUUAUCCAUGACACAGUCAGAAACUACAUCUGACCAGAGUGAUAUUGAAGGCAGGAUCAGAGCUCUGAAGGAUGAGCUGCGGAAACGAAAAUCAGUUGUGGACCAGUUGAAGAAGGAACAGAAGAAAAGACAAAAGGAAAGACUGAAAGCCCAAGAAGCCAGUCUGAUCAAACAAUUAGAGUCAUAUGAUGAAUUCAUUAAGAAAACAGAAGCUGAGCUUAGCCGAGAUUUGGAAACAUCACCAACAGCCAAGCCUCAGAUUAAAACACUCUCCUCAGCUUCUGAAAAGCCCAAGAUCAAACCUCUUCCACUACACAGAUCUGAAACAGCAAAGAAUUGGAAAUCACUAACAGAGGCAGAACGUUCCAGAGGCUCCCUAGAGUCUAUUGCUGAACAUGUUGAUGCUUCAAUGUCAGGUUCUGAGAGAUCAGUAUCAGAAAGGUCUUUAUCUGCAUAUGCAAAGAAAGUGAUGGAAUGGGAUAGCCAAACAGAAGAUUUUCAGACCCCAUCUCCAGUUCUCAGAUCUUCAAGGAAAACUAGGGCAGAAUCUGGAGAUUCUCUAGAAAAUGUACCCUCAUUACCUCUUCUCAAAGAAGUAAAUGCCCCUAGUAGGAUUCUUGAUGUGUCAGAUGGCACAAUUGAAGAAUCUAAUAAAAAAUUAGAAAUACAAGAAGUAGAAUAUGCAAAAUUGGAGGAGAAUGAGAUUGAAGAUGUGUGUUCUAAACAAGGGAAAUUUGAUGUCUUACUGAAACUGGACCUGGAACAGGGAGAUUCAUCUGAAAUUCUGUCACAGAAAGAUCUUCCUUUUGAUUCUAUAAAUGUUCAGAAAGACUUAGUUAGAUUAGCCAUUGAAAACCUUUAUAAAAAUGAAGAAAUACUGAAAGAGACAAAGUCAGAUCAAGGAAUAGAUCAUAGUUCCAACAUUCAACCAGGAAAAGACAUUCAUGAACAAAAGAACAAAAAGGAACGGGACUUGUCUUGGUCUGAACAUCUUUUUGCUCCUAAAGAGAUAUCAUACUCUGAGGAUUUUGAAGUGUCUUCUUUCAAGAAAGACAUUUCAGCUGAGUUGUACAAAGAUGAUCUUAAGAUACCAUCUUUGUUGUCACUCAGGAAAGACUCUCAGUCUUGCAGAGAUAAAUCACAACCAACGAGGAGUUCUGGAAGUAAAGCCACUAGCUUAAGCAGUGUUGAUGAAAUCAGUGAGUGCCUAAGUGAGAAAAGCCUUUCUGUUCAUAAUGGUGUUCACUCUGAAAGACUGUUAGAACUCAGAUCCCCUACUGAACUCAUGAAAAGUAAGGAACGCAGUGAUGUGGAGCAUGACCAAGGACUUCCUGAAUCCCCUUCCCUGGUUCCAGAUCCUGCUGUUCCUGCUGUUCCUACUGCAGAUGAGUUACUUGAUUUCUACAUUGGUGAUAGGGUGUUGAUUGGCAAUGUUCAGCCAGGAACUCUUCGAUUCAAAGGUGAGACUAGUUUUGCUAAAGGAUUUUGGGCUGGAGUGGAGUUGGAUAAACCUGAAGGAAAUAACAAUGGAACAUAUGAUGGCAUUAUGUAUUUUGAGUGCAAAGAAAAGCAUGGUAUUUUUGCUCCUCCUCAAAAAAUAUCUCACAUUCCAGAAAAUUUUGAUGACUAUAUAGACAUAAACGAAGAUGAAGAUUCUUACUCAGAUGAACAAUGUCAGUACCAUAAUCAAGAGCAAAAGGAUGCAGAGGGUCUAAAAGAUAGAGAAAAAGAUGCAAGUGACUAUUUUUAUGAGAAAUCUCUACCUAGUAUGAAUGAUAUAGGAGCCUCAGUUGAUAGAGAUAGAAGCCUUAAAAUAGAAACAGAUAAUAUACAGGGCAUUUCUGGGGUAUCUGAAGCCCAUGUUCACCAGCGAUCUCCAGUCGAUUCACUGAUUUCUUUAGAGGAAAACAAAGACCUUGUUUCUGGUGCCACAGAAAAGGUUUCCAUUGCUGCAGAAGAUGAUACUUUAGACAAUACCUUUUCUGAAGAAUUGAAGCAACAGCAGUUUACAGAAAAGGAAGAUAACUUAUAUUCCGAAGUUUCAGAAAAGCUUUCUACCCCACUUCUGGACCUUUUAACAAGAGAAAAAAACCAACUGGAAGCCCAGCUGAAUGAGGAGAAAAAGUCAAAGCAACAACUGGAAACCGUUAGCUUACUGACAGACAGUUUACUAAAAGUCUUUGUGAAAGACACAGUCAGUCAACUACAACAAAUCAAAAAAGCUAGGAAUGAGAAAAUCCAGCUUAGUAAUCAGGGGCUCCUUGAUGAUGACCAAAAGGAAAUACCACCCCAAGAUCUGUCCCAGAAUCUUGAGGAACAGUUACUAAGUGUUCCAAGUUGCUUCGUAAGGUCUGAAUUGGAAGAUGAAAAAGAAGAGAUUUCUUCUCCAGAUAUGUGUCCCAGACCUGAGAGCCCAGUGUUCGGUGCCAGUGGGCAGGAAGAGCUUGCUAAGAGACUUGCUGAACUUGAGCUCAGCCGGGAGUUCCUGAGCGCAUUAGGAGAUGAACAAGACUGGUUUGAUGAAGACUUUGGUUUGAGUUCCUCUCACAAGAUCCAAAAAAAUAAGGCAGAAGAAACCAUUGUACCUCUAAUGGCAGAACCUAAAAGAGCACCCCAGCAGCCGUGUGAAACAUUAUUGGCAGUCCCACAUACUGCAGAGGAAGUAGAGACUCUUGUACAUAAUGCGGCAGAAGAACUUUGGAAAUGGAAAGAGUUAGGCCAUGAUCUUAAUAGCGUCAGUAUUCCUACAAAACUGCUUGGCUCUGCCAGUAAGGGCCUACAUAUAGAAAGCACUAGUAAAAGGGUCUACAAUCAGGCGGUUUUUGAUUUAACAAAAGAGAUUUUUGAGGAAAUAUUUGCUGAGGAUCCUAACUUGAAUCAACCUGUCUGGAUGAAGCCAUGUAGAAUCAACUCUAGUUAUUUCCGACGAGUGAAAAAUCCAAAUAACCUUGAUGAAAUCAAGAACUUCAUAGCAAGUGAAGUACUCAAACUAUUCAGUCUUAAAAAGGAGCCAAACCACAAAACAGAUUGGCAGAAAAUGAUGAAAUUUGGAAGAAAGAAAAGAGAUCGAGUGGAUCAUAUCCUGGUUCAGGAGCUCCACGAGGAGGAAGCACAGUGGGUGAACUAUGAUGAGGAUGAGUUGUGUGUGAAGAUGCAACUGGCUGAUGGCAUCUUUGAGACCUUGAUCAAAGACACUAUUGAUAUUCUGAAUCAGAUCAGUGAAAAACAGGGGAGAAUGCUACUUUUGUGACAUCUUGCCAAUAAAUGGAACACUGAAUGCUAA